UAUCUUAUGUGUUACGCUAUUUUUAUCUGGGUCGGGUCGACGAUCAGUUGAAAAUCGACAUUAUGAACGUAGUGUUACUGAUUACAUCAUUCCUCUUUCUCCGUGCGGAAUGUGCCAACAUUUUAGGAAUAUUUCCAGCUCCUGGCCACAGCCAGUUCGUACUCAGCGAUAUUUUGAUGACCGAACUGGCAAAAAGAGGACACCAAGUUACAGUGAUUUGUCCACAUGAACCUAAAAAUCAACCUCCAAAUUAUAAAACAAUUGUAACUAAAGAAUUGAUAAGAGAUACUGCUGGCGAUUUUAGUUUAUGGAACCUCGAGUCCCAAAGUUUAUUCAAGAACAUCAAAGCGACGUACGUUUUCGGGAACUUCAUUACAGAAAAGACGCUACAAAACAAAGAAGUGCAAGAACUGCUGCAGUCGAAUGAACAUUUCGACUUAGUAAUAGUCGAGCAUUUUUUUAAUGAUGCGUUGAAAGGUUUUGCUGCUCAUUUUAAAGCACCUUUGGUAUUGUUCAGUUCGAUGGGGUCAACCGAAUGGAAUCGGGAGUGUAUGGGGGCGCCAAUGCUACCAACAAUCAAUGCAGUUACGUACACCCAGUAUACCAACAAAAUGAGAUUUUUCCAAAGACUACGCAAUCUAUAUGGGACAGUUUUUGAUUAUUUUUAUCGACAUUACGUUUUUUAUCCCGAACAACGCAACUAUAUGGCCAAAUAUUUUCCAUCGACGAUGGAUUUUGACAAGGUUUUGUACAACGCUAGUUUAAUGUUACUUAACUCUCAUGUGACAACGUCAGAAAACGCUCUUUUACCUUAUAACAUGGUCGAAAUUGGAGGGUUUCACGUUGUUAGCAAACCUCUAGACAAAGAAGUGCAGGCUUUCCUAGAUGGUGCCACAGACGGUGCGAUUUUAUUUAGCUUAGGGUCAUUUCUACACAGUUCUGAUUUAUCUGAGGACACACGUGACGCUAUAUUCAGGGUUUUCGCUAAACUCAAACAAAAAGUCCUGUGGAAAUUCGAAACGGACUUACCCGAUAAACCCGAAAAUGUAUUUAUAUCCAAGUGGUGGAACCAAAGAGAUAUUUUGGCCCAUCGUAAUACAAAACUGUUUAUUACUCACGGUGGUUUGUUAAGUACGGAGGAAGCCAUCGUCAAUGGGGUCCCUAUGGUCGGGGUACCCAUUCUGGCUGACCAGAAGAUGAAUAUGGCUAGAGCUAAAAGCAACGGCGUUGCGUGCGUGGUAUCGCUUUCGAAGUUGUCAGAAGAAACACUUUUUGAAGCAGUUAAUGAAACACUAAACAAUCCUAGUUAUAGAAAUAAUGUUAGACGGUUGUCUAGCUUGAUCAAGGACAGACCUAUGCAGCCUUUAGAUCUGGCAAUGUACUGGAUCGAGUACACAAUUCGCCACAGUGGAAUGACUUUCAAACCUUCCAGUUUAUAUCUUCAUUGGUUUGAAAUGUAUAUGGUUGAUAUUGUCUGCUUUGCUCUAUUUAAUCUUUUAAUUGUUGUUUUAUUUGUUAUUUCUGGUCUUAAAUUUGUGAAAGGGUGUAUAAAGACGUGUAGAAAGAGCGACAAAAAGAAGAAACAAUAAACUGACUUAUAAACAA